GAAGGGAAGGAUGUUCUUCUGCAUGUCCACAAUCUGCCUGGGAAUCUUCUAUGCUAUGGCUGGUUCCGAGGGACAACAAUAAUGGUCAAUAAUGAAAUUAUGUCAUACGCUGUACACUCACAAGAAAUUACUCCAGGAGCCGCACACACUGGCAGAGAGACAUUAUUUCCCUGCUGUCCAGAACACCUUCCUGGAGGACACAGGAUACUGCACCCUACAGUACCUAAAGAUAAAUGCCCAGAUUGAAAGAGUAACUGGACAGCUCCGUGUGUUCGCGCAGUUACCCAAACCCAACAUCACAAGCAACAAGUCGGACCCCGUGGAGAACGUGGACUCUGUAGUAUUAACGUGUGAACCUAAGACUGAGAACACAAGCUACCUGUGGUCAGUAAACAGUAAGAGCCUCCCGGACAGCAGCAGGCUCGAGCUGUCCCUGGACAACAGGACCCUCACUUUACAUGCGGUCACGAGGAAGGACACAGGACCCUAUGAGUGUGAAACUUGGAACCCAGUCAGUGCCGGUCGUAGUGACCCAUUCACCCUGAAUGUUCUCUAUGAAGCAACCACCCCAGGCCUCCCUGUGGGGACCAGUGUUGGCAUUGCAAUUGGGCUGCUGGGCGGGGUGGCCCUGCUGGCCGCCGUGGGGUAUCUCCUGCUCCUAUGGAGGAUGGCAAGGCCGCAGGGCGUUCAGGAGAGACUGGUCUGGGACUGGACUGUGGGUCAGCAGGCUGGGAGAAGGCUGCUCCAGAAGCAGAAGUGGUCACCUCUGCAGAGAAAUGACUCUCCCCCUGUGCACUGACACCCAUUCUCUCCCCCUGUCCAGAUCUCCCUCCCCAGCACGAGUCCAGCCAUUCCCAUCUACCAGCCUCUGGGAUUCAAUGACCAUGACUAUGGUGAGCGGAAUAAUCCUUCCAAAGACGUCCAAAGCCUAAUUCCUGGAACCUGCAUCUACUGGAGAAUAUGUCCCCCAUGGACAAAGGGG